AUUUAGUUUGAUACCAUGAAAGUGCUCAUCUCUGGCUUGGACAUUCCGGGACAAAUGGAAGGACAGCAUGUAUGUACCGGAACAACGACUAAUAUCAAGCGAGAACCUGAAGAAUUGAAACCGGAUGGUUCCGUACUCCAUGAGCCUCGAUACUCGAUCGUUCCGGAGAAGGAUACAGUGAUUUCCAUUAAGGAAGAAUGCGAGCCGAUACAAGAUAACCUUUUUGGAGACGAAGAUAUCAAGCAAGAAAUCAUCGAGUUCGGAGAGUAUGAAUUAAAUUCAGCUGAAAAUGAUUCCAAAGAUAGCGAACAUCGCGUUGAUGAGUUUGACAAUGGUCAUGCUGACUAUCUCGACGUUAAACCACCACUAGUUGCCAAGGAACUCGUCAUAAGAUUGGAAAAACUAGAUUAUUCUUCGCUGGUGAAAAAUCUGUACUCCAGCCAGCAAUGCGAACAUUGCGGACAAACGUUUGUCCAGCAGUACCGGCUAGCUCGGCAUCGGAUCAGGAAACACGGGAGCUCGGAAACACCUGUAGCAAACUGGCCAAUUCGAAGUAGGUUGCACUCGCGAAAUUUUCAUUGCGAUCAGUGCGAUAAAUCGUACUACCUGGAAACUAAUCUCGCGAUUCACAAGUCCAAGGUUCACGGCGUUGGGAAUACUCCACCAAGGGAUAACGCAUUCGUGAAGCACACCUGCAAGCACUGUAGCAAGCAAAUCACAGGAUGGACUUUUCUGGUGUACCAUUUGAAGCAUGUUCACGGAGAAAGUGUCGACAAGUCGCAGAUUGUUCCAUGUCCACGGUGCAGUAAGAAAUUCACUUCCCAAGAAGAAUUGGCCGAGCAUUUCUGCUUGAAGGGACUCUUACGCGAAAAGGCCCGUCCCUUCAAGUGUGACCUGUGCGAUAAGGCGUACCUCGCCAAAAUUCAUCUGGAGGGCCACUACUCCGUUCAUCCCGAAUACCACAACGUAAAAUGUGAUCAAUGUUCGAAGGGUUUCUACAACCAGAGGGAGCUCAACACUCACAAGAAGAGUACACACAAAGCAAAAGAAGCAUACAUCGAGUGCGGGACCUGCAAAAAGUCGUUCAAAUAUCGAAGCAAUUGGCUACGUCACCAGGAAGUUCACAGCGACUGCGAGUACUGCUGUGAGCAAUGCGGUAAAAAGUAUAGAACUCGAAAUUGCCUCAAAUCGCACAUCAGAGAUGUACACUUACAUCCGACCGAUGAAGCAUUUCCCUGCACUAUUUGUGGAAAAAUAAUGAACGGAAAAAGAGCUUUGAAAAAGCACACCGAAAGACACGGCCGCGAACGGAAGUUCAAAUGUUCCUUUCCUCCGUGUGAGAAA